AUGUCACUUUUCGGUGUGCUUUCAUCGACGCCAACGGGAACUGAAUUGACCUCAAGUACCUCACCUAAUCUUUCUGAACAAAUACUGUCAAGUAGCGUUGCUGUAUCAGUGCUCACAGAUAUAUUGCUAUAUAGUCUUUUAUAUCCGGAACCUGGUAAUCCGCCCAUUGGCCGUUUUGUAAUCAAACAUCGCGAGCGGAACGAUCCUUUCUAUCAAUCGAAAUCCAUGCAGAUACUAUGUAAGCUGAAAGCAAGAUUAACUGGUGAUCUUGAACCACCGCAGGCAUAUCGCAGAAAUAUCGAAAGGCUCAACGAUAAGGGUGAAAUGUACGGACUUGGACAGCUGUCCGCAUUGUCGCUCUGGACUUUGACAGGCGUUCUCAGUGAGGAAAAUCCACAGCAGCUUACGAAGACUGAUAGUCCGGUAAGGUUCACCUCGGAAUGUAAAAACCUAUGGUCCACUGUUUCGUGGUUCGAAGUAUGA